AAUCCAAAUUCCAAAUGAUGGAUGGGGCUGUCAUUUCUUGCCGAACACACACACGGGUUAAAGCACGACCCCCGACUUCGAUAGUCGAUUGAUCUUCGAUAGACUCUUCACUAAGUUAAUUAACAGUUACAUUUUGCAUGGCAUGAACAUAUGAGGGAUUUUUCUAAACGCUGAUUAAAUCCAGAUAAGCGGUAAGUGGAGGGUUCGUCACAAGAUGGACACCAAGGAGAAGCCGCAGUGGGAAACGGAUUCGAAGCCACAGCCGCAGGUAGAGACCCAGACUGAACUGCUCUCGCAGCAGCAAUCGCAACAGCUGACGGAUGGCCUAGUAGAAACGACCAUACCCACUCGGCGUCUACGUCGCCUGGGGCCCCCCAUGCCGCCCGACGAUAUGUUGCGCCUCUCCAUAGCGGACAAUCUCAUGCAGAUUGUGGGAAAUAUGACAAAUGACGAGUACCAGCGACAAUGCUGCGAGAUCUUUCAGGUGAGCGAACUGACGCACGGUGUCCACGGCCAGAUCCUGGCCGCCCUGCAGCACAUAGACGAGCAGCGGCAACGACCAGGUGGUCAUAGAUGAUAGCCCAUCAACAUCAUGGACAACAUAAG